CAACAUGGCGGCCAAUUUUUUAAAGGACCACCCUUCUCUUUCUUCACCUUCUCUCCCAAUUCUUCUCCUUCUCACAUCACCAACCUAACCUUCUCUCUUUCUGUAUCACUCCCCUUCUCCUUCUCCUCCUCCUCCUCCAAUUAUUCCCUUGAAUAAUCAUCUCGCCGGCAAAGAGUGGUCGAGACUCGAGACUCAAGACUCAAGAUUCAAGACUCGGGAUUCAUCCCACCAUAAGAUUAAUUAUCAGCUUUGGCUCUUGGAGGCCCCAUAGUCCAACUUAAUGAACGGAAAAUUCAACACCAACCUACUAAUCACUCAGAAAGAAGAGAACGACAAUAUAGAAAGUGGUCCUGACUCUCCUCCUUCCAGCUUGCUUAACGACACGAAGAUGACUUCUACUUCCUCCCCAAAAAGAAGCAAACGGGAGAUACAAAAGAGAGUAAUCUCGGUGCCAAUCAAGGACGUAGAAGGGUCAAGGCUCAAAGCCGAGACUGCUCCGCCGCCGUCCGAUUCUUGGGCUUGGAGAAAGUACGGCCAGAAACCCAUCAAGGGGUCACCUUACCCUAGAGGAUACUACAGGUGUAGCAGUUCAAAGGGUUGCCCAGCCAGAAAACAGGUAGAGAGGAGCCGUGUGGACCCAUCUUUGCUAGUGGUCACCUACUCUUGUGAACACAACCACCCUUGGCCACCUCCUUCAAAGACCCACCACCACAGUAAUAGCUCCUCCACCAAACUCAACUUACCCAAGCCUGAAAUCUCCACUUCCAGUACCAAACCAGAAAACCCAGAACCCGAACCUGAACCAGAGGAGAAGUUCACUGAUCUUGGUGAUGACUCACUUAUUAGUACAGAUGAGUUUAGCUGGUUUGUAGAAAUGGAAACCACCUCUUCCACCAUCCUCGAGAGUCCCAUUUUUGCGGAUGAAAGAAGCACGGCGGAAGCCGAGGCAUCGAUGUUUUUCCCUAUGGGAGAAGAGGAUGAAUCCUUGUUCGCCGAUCUGGAGGAACUACCGGAAUGCACGGCGGUGUUCAGGCACCACCGUGGAGUAGGCCCACAAGUCCAGAUCUGCUGACACGUUACAUUGUCAUCACACGGAUUAUAAAAUUCAAAGGUGGGCGUAUCCUGCACCACAAGAUAACAAACAGAAAUAUAUAUAUAUAUAUAUAUAUAUAUAUAUAUAUAUUUUUUUUUUUUUUUUUUUUUUCUUUCUUCUUCUUCUAAUUUACUACUCUGUUUUUCCUUUUUCUUUUUUGUUAAUUUUUAUUAUUGUUUUUAGUUCCCAUUUCCCCUUGAUUUCAGCGUAGUAAGUGAAUAAAGCUCCAAUUCUGAAGUCUCUAGCGGUAGCGAUCCCAUUGUAAUUAUGAAGCAUUUGCCGUCUCAGAGUGGAUAUUUCAAUUCAAUGUUUUAAAAAACUCAUUUUUUUUUUCCGAAGAAAAAAAAAAUCACAUUUAUGAUUUUUAGUCGACAGCAAGUUAGCUAAGAAACUCAUUUUCUGUUC